AUGUCUAACCACAGCACAUCUGAGACCCAGCACCAACUUGAGCAACAAAGGAGGUUGGCAGAGCAGAAGGCAUGGGAGAGGCAGGAGAGAGCACAGCAGAGGCAGAUGGAGGAGGAGAGGGAGAGGGCAGAGGAGGAGGAGUUGGAAAGGGAGGUCACAGAGGUGGAGCAAGCAGCAGAAGAGGAGCAGCUGCAAAACAAAGCAGCAGCUGUGAGGUGGCUCCAAGAGGAGGAUGAGCAGAGGCAAAGGGCAGAGGCUGAGAGGAGGGCCAAGGAGCAGAGCUUGGAUGAGGAGGAUGAGGAGGAGGUUGUGGCUAGGGCCCAGCAUAAGGGCAAGAAGAGGGCCGUCAUGCCAUCCUCCAGUGAGAGCAGUUCAGGAAGCGAGAGCGAGAGCAAUGAGGGAACAGACAGGGAGAAGGAAAAUGGGGAGGAAAAGGGCAAGAGGAGGAAGAAGAAGGAGAAGACAAAGACAAAGAGGGAGAGCCAGAGCUGGAGGAAGUCGGAGGAGGAGAAGAAGGAGAUCCAGGACUGGUGGAUCACAAGGGCUGAGCAGGACUGGCCAGUAGCAGCUGAGCUGUGCUCACAUUGCCUCUCGGCUGGCUAUUGGCAGGGGAACAAGGCAGGCCCCACCCAGGGUCUCAUGCCCAGCCUGCAUCUGGAUAAGAACAAUGAGGGCAAGAGGAAGCAGGAGGAGGGCAAAGGGGACUUCGAGCCUGAGGAGAGAGCGAAGAAGCCAAGGGUGGAAGAAGGAGGGGAAGCGCUGCCACAUUGGGCAGCGGCUGUUGGGGUGGAUCGGGUGUGGAGGAGGCAGAGGAGGGAGCAGGCGGAAGCAUUGGACGACCCAAUGAUCCACCUUGCGUGGUCCAUUGAGUCAAUGCAGAGGCAACAGGUGACCAUGAACCAGGCCAUCCUCGAGCAGCUCGAGAUGGCCAACUGCCUCCUAGAGUGGUUUGUGAAAGCCUAUGAGAAGGCCAACGGAGUGGAGGAGCCAGAAGGCAGAGCAGGAGAGGGAUCCGGAGGCAGAGCAGAAGGCGGCAGCAUGGCCCAGUAG